AGGUCAACAACGAUGGCUGGAAUAUUAUUAUUUUAAUUAAAUUUUAACGGGAUGCAGUGGUGGGGGCAUCCUAGAACAGUCCGAAAAAUUCAAAAUUGUGCUGCUACUCAACCAGAAGUCAACAUUUGCAUGUCUUGAUCAACGGCAUGAACCAGAGCGCGCCGCUUCUAUAAAACUAAAACUACCGUGAUUGGAGAGAUUCAAGAGAGCCCCUUAAGCCUGUUAGCCUUCCCUGACCAUCUGAUGUCGAAUCCUCAGAAAGUCCGGCACAUCUCAGAGUGCUUUGUUAAACCAGAGCAUGCUUUAGAAGAGGCCAAGCGGCCCUUUUACCUGACGCCAUGGGAUCUUGCCAUGCUCUCUGCGCACUAUAUCCAGAAGGGUCUUCUCUUCACCAAACCUCCGGCAGCAGAUGAGCAAGAAGGCUUCAUCGACACACUCUUGGACAGGCUUAAGCGCUCCCUCUCGAGAGCCCUUGUCCAUUUCUACCCACUUUCCGGUCGCCUUGUGACACAAACAAAUGAAAACCCACCUUCUUGCUUGAUUUAUGUUGACUGUGAUAACAGCCCAGGAGCUAAAUUCAUCCAUGCAGCUUUAGACAUGACAAUAUCUGAAAUUCUUUCACCGAUUGAUGUGCCGUUGGUUGUUCAAUCGUUUUUUGACCAUGACAGAGCUCUCAACUAUGAUGGGCAUACCAUGCCUUUGCUUUCCAUUCAAAUUACAGAACUGAAAGAUGGCAUUUUUGUAGGCUGUUCCAUGAAUCAUUGCAUUGGUGAUGGAACUUCAUACUGGCAUUUCUUUAACUCUUGGUCUGAGAUCUUUCAGGCAGAAGGAAAUGAAAUCUCCCUUGCACGCCCGCCCAUCCACAAGCGAUGGUUUCCUGAUGGUUGUGGUCCAAUCAUCAACCUCCCUUUCACCCACCAAGAUGAGAUCAUCAGCAGAUUUGAAGCACCCGCACUGAGAGAGAGGGUGUUCCACUUCUCACCCGAAUCCAUAGCAAAGCUCAAAGCGAAGGCCAAUGCAGAGUAUAAAACCAACAAGAUCUCUUCCUUCCAGUCCCUGUCGGCACUCCUCUGGAGGUGCAUAACGCGUGCGCGUCGUCUACCGCUUGAUCAAAUAACCAGUUGCAAGCUGGCAAUCAACAACAGAUCAAGAAUGGAUCCACCACUUUCUCAAGACUACUUUGGGAACUCAGUUCACGCUGUGGCCGGAGUAGCCACAGCUGGUGAACUGCUUGAACAGAGUCUUGGAUGGGCGGCAUGGCAGCUACACCAGGCCGUAGUUAACUACACUGACACGGCGAUCCAUGGAUUGCUCGACGCCUGGCAGCAGUCUCCCGUUAUUUACCAAAUUGCUCGGUUUUUUGACCCAUACAGUGUAAUGAUGGGGAGCUCACCCAGAUUCAACAUGUAUGGUAAUGAAUUUGGGAUGGGGAAAGCAGUGGCACUUCGCAGUGGGUAUGCAAAUAAGUUUGAUGGAAAAGUGUCAUCGUUUCCGGGAUAUGAAGGAGGAGGAAGCAUAGAUUUGGAGGUGUGCCUUCCGCCAGACUUCAUGAGCGCUCUUGAGUCUGAUGAGGAGUUCAUGGAUGCCGCCACUCUGCCCCAUCAGUGGCAGUAGUUUGCAUAUAUAUGACCUUGCAAAAUCUUCCACUUUCUGAGGAAAUUAAGAAAGCACUACCAUACUUGUAAGGGUCUAUAGGUUUCAGUUUAUCUGUCCUGGUAAUCUUAAGAGUGUAUUUUGUGAAGCAAUAUUAUGUCAUUAUAAAGAUAAUUAAUUGCAGAAUA